UUGUUGCUUCAAAGAGUGGGAAAGCGGAAGGGAGAAGGGGGUUCAUUGGAUAAAUACAAGAAGCGGCUGGCUGGAAAGCUGACACGCAAUUCGUCUUUCUUCUGUGUCAUACGAGGAGAAAAAUGCUGCGAACUCUAAGUUUCUUCUUGGCCCUUUUGGGUCUGGGCUUGUCUGAAAAGGUCACCUUCGAGAAUCACAAGGUUUAUAGACUUUUGCCCGAAACUCAAGAGCAAGUUGAUCUUUUGCAUAAGAUGGAGGACUCUGUUGGUUUUUCCUUUUGGAAAGGACCAAGCUACGUGAAUAAAUCAGUUGACUUGAUGGUUACUCCCAGCAACCUUGCAGAGUUCACUGAGUUAAUGACCUUGAAUGGAUUGAAAUACGAGGUUUAUGUUGAUAAUGUUCAACGUCUCAUAGAUACAGAAAAUCCAAAGACCAGAUCCAGCAGCAAAGAUGGUUCAAUAUCCUUGAAUGAGUACCACACUCUAGAUGAGAUCUACUCGUACGUGGAAUAUCUUGCUAAAAAUUACAAGGAGGUUGAAGUUGUUGAUGCCGGAAGAACAAGCGAGGGCCGUGUAAUCAAAGGUGUUAAAAUUUCCUACCAAGAAGGCAAUCCUGGUAUCUUCAUCGAGGCUGGAAUUCAUGCUCGGGAGUGGAUCACUCCAGCAACCGCACUUUACCUCCUAGACCAAUUGUUGAAUAGUACGGACAAAAAUAUUAGGGCUCUUGCUGAGAAACACGACUGGUACAUCUUCCCAAGCUUUAAUCCUGACGGUUACGUGUACACUCAUUCCAAGAAUCGUAUGUGGAGAAAGACCAGAUCACAUAAAAAUACAUUUUGCGCGGGAGCCGAUGCCAACAGGAACUGGGACUUCAAAUGGAUGUCCGGUGGAGCGAGCAACUAUCCUUGCGCAGAGACAUACGCUGGGUCAUCUGCCUUCAGUGAACCUGAAACGAAGUCAAUGGCUAAAUAUAUUAAGUCAGUUGGAAAUAAACUUUUUGCUUAUAUUUCCUUCCAUAGUUACUCUCAACUUUUGAUGUUUCCCUACGGUCAUACGUCAGCUCAUCUUGACAAUUAUAAUGAAGAGCUCUCUAUAGGAAAAAAAACAAUAGAAGCAUUGCGGCAAAGAUAUGGUACGAAAUACGUGACUGGAAACAUCGCUGAAACGAUAUAUGUUGCUAGUGGAAGUUCCAGUGACUGGGUUAAGGCCAAUUUAAAACUGCCAGUUGUAUUCACGUAUGAAUUCCGUGAUACUGGAAAAUACGGUUUUCUACUUCCAGCGGAUCAAAUCAUCCCCAAUGGAGAAGAAAUUCUAGAUUCAUUAUUGGCCAUGUUCCAAGAAGCUUCGCGACUUGGUUAUCCUAAUUCUGCAUAAAUAAAUUUUCUUGCUUACAAAUGACUGGUAUUUUCACCCCACAUACUUCAAACUUGACA